CGCCUGUUUCGCACACUUCCCACACACGUUCAUCACAUUUGUGGCACCAUCCAUCGGCCGCGUUGUCCCCACGCUACACACACCGCGGCACAUGCUCGGCACAUCGCGGCACCCGCGGCACUUCGCGACAUGUCACUGACGAGUGCGGUGGCGAACGCCGCCGCCGCCGCCGCGGCCGGCCAAGGCAAGAAAGCUGCGCAGGUACAACUGCAGGCGGAACUAAAUACUGACGAGGAGUGGAACAAGUUCAUCCAGAGAGAUGGGCUGCUUGUAGUGGACGUGUACACGGAGUGGUGUGGUCCCUGCAUCGGUAUGGUGGGAAACCUCAAGAAGAUUAAGGUGGAGAUCGGUGGAGACAACUUGCAUCUAGCUGUGGCAAAAGCAGACACGAUAGAAUGUUUGAAGAGAUUCAGAAAUCGCAGCGAACCAACGUGGAUGUUCAUAGCGGGUGGUCAGCUAGUGAACGUGAUAUUCGGCGCAGACGCACCCCGCAUCGCGCGCACCAUCGAACAAGAGUUGAAGAAUGAAGAGCUCGUGAAGAAAGGAGAGCUUGAACGACCGAAGCGAGCUCCACAUGAGCUCACGCCACCUGAACAGGAAGUAGCAGAUCGAGAAGCUAAACUCCAAGCAGAGCGGAAAGCCAAAGAGGAGGCAGCAGCAGAGGCGUCGAGGCUGGCGCGGAGGGAGGCGCGCGCGCGUCGCCUCGAGUCGCACUUCCUCGACGUGUGCCCCGCGCUCGUCACGCCGCAUGCGCAGAAGAACUUGAGGAAGAUCUCUGAUGCUCUAGAGCCUCAUGGAGUAAUAAUAGCAGACAAGAUACCAACAGUGAUGGGCAAGGACGGAGCGAAGCGCUUAGCAAUGGAGGACCCGAGCAUGGGGUCGGAGCAGAUCACGGCCGUGCUGGCGGAGAGGCCUGCGCUUGCGCUGCUGUUGAAGAAACAACCUGAUCGAGAGGGUGACGUCAUUGAGAUAACCCGUCGCGUUUUGUUCGGCGACGGCGUAGAGGUGCCGGAAGGUGAGACUCCGAAGAAAACUGUAGCUGAAGAACUCUGGUUGGACAAUAUGCCGGGAGUGUUCGUGCCGGUAGACCGCCAUCAGAGAGCUGCUGCGCUUGAUCUGCUGUUCCCCAAGUUGGUGAGCACGUUAGUGGAGCCCCCGCCACCGGUGCAGCCACCGCACGUGGCGCUGGUGUUCGGCGCGUGGCAGCGGCGCGCGGUGCUGGCCGCCGCCGCUGCACCGCGUGUGGCUCCUCGCGUACUCAACUACGGGUUCUUCGCUGACGGCAAUAUUGACGAGCCGAAGUUGUUGUGCAAGACUAUCGAUCAGUAUGAGUUGAGGCCGGAGAAGGAUUACUGCGAGACAAUAGUAGUGCAAGCAGCAGUGGGUCUCGCCGAGCCUGCUCUAGCUGACCCCCAUGAGGUACCCCCCGAGGGUCCCCCUGCGGCGCUUCUAGCACUAGGCCCGCUACACGUGAGUGAAGAUGCCGUGGUCGGCGUGGAAGAAUGCGCGCGGUUCUUCCCGCCAGGAUACAACGAGCCAGAAGUCAAGGCUAAGCCCAAGGCCAAGAAGAAGAAGAAGAAGCGUCACGAGACCAAAGAAGCGAUCGAGGACUCCAGCACGGACGCACCUCCAUCCGAAUCCGUGGAGAUUGAAAACGGAGGUGAAGGGGAGGAGGGGGCAGAAGGGGAAGACGGCGGGGAGGGCGAGGGGGACGAAGGGGAGGAGGGGGAAGAAGGGGAAGAGCAGCUGGAUAAGGCCACGUCGCCGCCGCCGCUCACGCCGCAUUAG